ACUGCGCGUCACCGACCGCCGACCCGCGGAGGAAUCUCUCCAACGCGCGGACCGUCGUCAAGGGCCCGGACCAAAGUUGCCCGGACUUUGUGCUCAGCAUUCGUCGUUCGUCGCAUCCCACGGUCGCGCUAUGGACCUUUCGGACCUAACGUCUCUAGAGCUCGAAAUCCUGGAACGGACAGCUGACAUGGGUGCCAUAUCCUACGAUUCGACCCCGAUGCGCGACGUCGACGAACGCAGCGCCGCGGGCACCGACUGUGGCAACGACGAACGGCCGCGCCGCGGUGAAGCGAGUCCGCAAGAGCUGGAAGACGCACCCGACGAUGGAACCGGGCGGCUUGGGAACACGGACUGGUGUCUAUGUGGUUCCUGCGCGCCGAUGGAGACCGUCGUCGAGUGCGUCUGCUGCCGCGAAUACCCGGCCGUCGCACGGAAGCAGCAGGGCCGGCAGGGCUGCGUAACGGGCCACCCGGACUUCGAGGCCCUGUGCCUCAACCCUGAGGUGUUGAGGUUGGCCUACCUCAACAUGCGGCACUACGGGCAGCAAGGGAUGGGCGCAAGUGCCAGCGAAUACCAGACACCCUGAAGCCGGUGGAUGAUCAUCUCGACAUGUUCCUUGUGGUGCCAGCAACACUUGCACCGCUGGUGUGGCAUUCUUUGCACGCUAUGCUGGGAUAGUUUUUUAGGAGUGCCAUGUCUGGACAGCUUAUUCAGAAGCAGGCUGUCGUCGUCGAGAUCCAUGCUUUUUUUUUAACGGAUGAUGUUGCAGUGCCCACAUGGGCACUACAGAUUUGCAGCCUACAGGCAGUGUGCCCUGUGGCUGUGGAGCCGCUUGGGAAAGAAGAAUAGGCGGCCCCUGCCAUCCUGUGUGGUCAAGACAAUUAGGGGCAGGUACCCUGCUGACGUGUAUGCGGGCUACAAGGAUGCAGAAUAAAUUGCGUUGACCUAGAGACCACGCAACCCCCUUCCCUUGUCUCUUCACCCUCCCUGCAUGUGUGUGAAGUCGCUCGUAGCCAUGAACGGAAUCCUCUAAAUCACGUGACCUAUUAUCUACGAUAUCACGUGACCAUAACUAUGAUCACAUGAUCGUAGUCAAACC